UCUCUCUCUCUCUCUCUACCAAGAAGAAGGAGAAGAGGAAGAAGAAGGCGAAGAAGCGUCUAAAUAAACUAAACCCGAAAGCAUUCUUGGUAAUGAUGAGAGGAGAGGCGAGGCGCACGUAAAGAAGGAGACCAAGGAGAAGGGAAGGAGGAGGAGGAGGAGGAGGAGGGCCUGGUUGAGCAUAAUUAAAGUUGACAUCUCUUUUCUGGAGAGAGAGAGAGAGAGCGAGGGAAGCUACGACCCCAUCAUCAGAUUCAUCCACAGUGAGGUGAGGGAGAGAGAGAGAGAGAGAGAGAGGGUAGCGUGGCUUUUGUCUCGCCUCGCGGCUAUGCGUUCCAAAAAGAGAACCGCCAAGACCCAAUAAGAAGUAGAGCCCAUCAUUGCCAUUCGCCGUUUGUUUUGCACCCACUUCUCCCCCGUUUCGCUCUCCAGCUCGAGCUCGACACCAUCAUUCUUUCUCUCUCUCUCUCUUUCUUUCCUUUGCUUUUCCUCGCUCUCUGAGCAGCCACUGCUUCUGGGUGAAGCUCCUCUGUUUCUCUCUGUCUCUGUCUCUGUCUCUGUCUCUGCGCGUUGUGUGUGUGGACGCUCGGUGGCGGGUUCUUGAUAUGGAGAAGAAGCAGGGGUUCUUCUCGGCGCUCAAGGACGAGGUGGUGCGCGGCCUCUCCCCGUCGCGGUCGCGGUCGCGGCCCCGGUCGCGCUCCAGGGCCAAGAGCCCCGGCAGGAGCGCGUCGCCGAUGGGCGGCCUCUUCAGGCGGAGGAAGGGGGGGCAGGUGGCGCCGCCCGAGCUGCUGAUCUCGAGAUCCGGGAACCUGAUGAUGAGGCCCGUGGAGGCGCUCUCGCCGUUAAUGGAAGGCCCCGAUCCGGACGGCGCGGAGUGCGGGGAUUCCAGGAGGGGCCACUGGAUGCGGGCGCCGUCCGUCUCCUCUUCCUCCUCCGCCGCCGCCGCCGCCGCCGCUAGCAAGCAGUCGGAUCUGAGGCUUCUGCUCGGCGUGCUCGGGGCGCCGCUCGCUCCCGUGCACGUGGCCGCCUCCGAUCCCCUACCUCACCUCAGUAUCAAGAACAUCCCCAUUGAAUCCUCGUCCGCUCAGUACAUACUGCAGCAGUACAUGGCGUCGUCUGGAGGACAGAAGCUCCAGAACUCCAUUAACAAUGCAUACGCCAUGGGAAAGGUCCGGAUGAUAGCCUCCGAAUUCGAGACGCUGAACAAAGUCAUCAAGAACAAGAAUUCCUCCAAGGCCACCGAGUCGGGCGGCUUUGUUCUCUGGCAGAUGAAUCCUGACAUGUGGUAUGUCGAGCUGGCGCUUGGGGGCAGCAAGGUUCACGCCGGCUGCAAUGGGAAGAUUGUAUGGAGGCACACGCCAUGGCUCGGCGCGCAUGCAGCGAAGGGACCUGUUAGGCCUCUCCGUCGUGCACUCCAGGGUCUUGAUCCAAGAACGACGGCAAGCAUGUUUACCAAUGCACGGUGUAUCGGGGAGAAGAUGGUCAACGAAGAGGACUGUUUCAUUCUUAAGCUUUGCGCAGACCCUGUUACCCUGAAGGCCAGGAGUGAAGGACCAGCUGAAAUCAUACGGCACGUUUUGUUUGGGUACUUCAGCCAGAAAACAGGGCUCCUCGUUCACUUGGAAGACUCGCACUUGACCCGGAUCCAGAACAAUGGAGGCGAUGCCGUGUAUUGGGAGACCACAAUCAACUCCUUCCUUGAUGAUUAUAGGCCUGUGGAGGGAAUUAUGAUCGCACAUUCGGGGCGGUCAGUAGUGACCCUUUUCAGGUUCGGAGAAACUGCAAUGAGCCAUACCAAGACCAGGAUGGAGGAAGCAUGGACCAUCGAGGAAGUGGCAUUCAAUGUCCCGGGACUGUCGUUGGAUUGCUUCAUCCCUCCUGCAGAAAUCAGAUUAUCCUCAAUCAGUGAAGCCUGUGAACUCCCUCAUGGUCAGAGAGCAAAGAAUGUGGCUGCUAAUCUCAUUAGUAAUGUACAUCGCGCCAGAGUUGCUUCACUAGACAGAUCUCAUGGUAGCCUGGCCCGCAAUUACAUUUAGGGAGAUGGAUGCUCGAAAAGGAAAAAGAUGCAGCUGAUCUUUUCCCUGUGUAAUAGCGUGGAGAAGCUACCGACCACCAUUAGAAGGUAAUAUGAAUUUCAGCACUUGAUCGAACAUCCAAAAUGUAAAUAGAGCGCAACAGGUCGUGGGAGGUGCCAGACUGCCAGGAAGUGGGAUUAUAAUGGAAUGUACCGGUGGAAUUUACUUUUUCCCUUUCCCUUCUAGAACAAGAUCAGCUCUUUUGUUCAAAUUUUAAAUCAGGAUAUCCUGGAAUCACAUUCGAAGUGUGAUUCUUGUGGAGGUUGCUCAUUGAGCGCAAGCCAAUCGAUAUACUCAAAGAUGAUCAGAAAGACAUGUAAAAACCCGAGCAACUUCAGCAAUGUGCAUAGUCGAAGUUUUCCUGAAUUCCCCACCGAGUUCAUCUUUUUUGUGGAUGUAAUCGUUAGCACUCACAGCCAGAUGAAAAACAUCAACAUGAUCUUCAAUGAGAAUGCCGUGAUAAAUAAGAUGCCUUGUUCUUAAA